UCACAAGACGACACUCCACCACGUCAUUUAGCCUAAAAGUUUACAGAUGGCCAAUAUGGUGUUGUCUAAUAUCACUUAUUUCUUUUGUCUCACUUAAUUCUUUAAUGCUAUUAUUUUUUUCAUUCUCUUACUCCUCUCGGAGUCUCCCUUAAAACCGGGGAAUACGAAGGAACCCAAAAAAAUGCCUCCGAAUAACAUCGGAAUCGGAGUUUUUUCAAAGCAAUACUGAAAGAAGAAAAAAAGGAAGAAAAAGGAGGAAAAGGAAGAACCAAGGAGGUAUCUCAGUAAAGAAUAUAAAAAAACAAUUGAGGAGUUUUGAGGUUUAAAGUGCACAGACAUUGUAUUGCAGACGACGAGCCAGAAGUAGUUUUCUGUUGUGACAAGCAGCAGCCAUUAUUUUUACAUCAAACAACAAAAACUCAUUCGGGUUCAUACAUACACACACACACACACACUUGCCUUUCUGUCUCUGUCUCUAAUAAAUAUAUUCAAAGACAGAGAGAGAAGAGAACAAGAUAUUUUUUGUUCUCUUCUGAAUCUCACACAGUUUAGAGUGUCACUCCUUCUGCAAACCCUCCUUCCAAAAUAUAUAUACCAGAUAAGACUAGUAACCUGUCAUGAUGGGCCCUCCAAAAUAUGGAAUUUACAUAAUCCAAGGUGAAAUCUCUCUAGUUGUGACUGCUAUGAGAAGAACUACUCGAUGGACUACACACAGUCACCAAGAUGACGAUGCUGAUCCAAUAUUAAGCAGCUUUUCUCAGCUAAAAGAUGUGCUUAACACAGUGGCAGAUUUGGGUGAUCUAGAACCAAAUACAUUUUUAAGUCCAUUCCUUGGAGUAAUCAGAUCAGAAGAUACAACAGGGCCAAUCACUGGACUUGCUCUCACCUCUGUCAACAAAUUUAUCUCCUAUGGAUUGAUUGAGCCUUCCUGUAAAACAGCAGCGCCAGCCAUAGAAAAUAUCGCUGAUGCUGUAACACAUGCUCGAUUUGUUGGCACAGAUCCUAGUUCGGAUGAAGUUGUUCUUAUGAAAAUAUUACAUGUACUUCGAACGUUGCUGCUGUCUCCAGCUGGAGUGCUACUUACAAAUGAAUCUGUCUGUGAAAUCAUGCAGUCUUGCUUCAGAAUCUGUUUUGAGAUGAGAUUGAGUGAGUUAUUAAGGAAGUCUGCUGAGCACACCCUUAUGGAUAUGGUACAACUUCUGUUCACGCGGCUACCUCAGUUCAAGGAAGAUCCAAAAUGGAAUGCAAGUAUGAAGAAGCUAAAGAUGAGGACUGGCAGUGUUGAACCAUCACGGAUGGGCAAAAAGAAACGUUCACCCAAGCGGAAACAUGACAAAAUGAACUCUCAACAUGCUUCAAUGCAUCCACAGAUCACACGGCAGAGCAAUGAAUGCCUAAAGAAUGGGAAUACUUCAUCUGCACCAGUUUCUAUAGGGACACCAGUAUCAGCAUCAUCUUCAUCAUCAUCAACAAUAACAGCCACAACUACUACUUCUCCAACCAAUGCAUCAGUAACAAGUGAAACUAGUGCAGAGGAAAACAGAAUUCAAAGUGAUAGGAAGAUCAAAGACUUAAAUAAUGAAAGUGAACUUUCUGAAUCAGUUCAGUCACCUGAUGGUGUCCAUGAAACUGCACCAGAUGAAAUCAUAGCUACAACGCCUGCUGCUUUACCAAUGGAAAAAACUGUGAUUGAUAUCAAUAACAGCUUUCAGCAAGAUUCUGAGCUGGAGGAAGCAUCUGAUAAAGAAAGCUUUGACGCAAGAUAUACUAUAUCAGAAGAAAAACAACUAGAAACUGAAGAAGAAGUAUCUUUAGAUAAAGAUGAUUCCAGAGAACCUGAACAAGAAGUAUGUAAUUCUAUAUCAUCAAGCCAAGAACGUUUAAAUGUUUCAAGGCCAACAAAUGUCCAUAAAUCUAUUAGUGAAACAGAACUGAACUCUGAACAAAGUUGUCCUUCAGAAACGGGAGAUGAUGCAGACUCUAUUCCAUCAGUAAAUGAAUUUGCUUCACCACCAACACCAACAUCUCCUGCAGUGAAUAGCAGUGACUUCGUCAAUCCUAGAGGUAUCCGAUUUAUGCCACAGCAACAUCCAAAAGAGGGUACUAAUCCACUAAUACCUUAUGGUCUCCCUUGUGUAAGGGAAUUGUUUCGGUUCCUUGUAUCACUAAUAAACCACUGGGACCGACAUAAUACAGAUGUUAUGAUCCACAUGGGUCUUAGUUUGCUGACUGUAGCCUUGGAAUCUGGUGCCGAUUCUAUCAGGACAUUCAAAUCCUUGUUGUAUUUAGUCAAAGAUGAAAUGUGCCGCAAUUUGUUCACUCUGCUGCAGUCAGAACGAUUAUCUCUCUUCACUGCCACUAUUAGAACUUGCUUCCUCCUCUUUGAAUCAAUGCGUAGCCACCUCAAAUUUCAACUGGAGAUGUACCUGACCAAACUAAGCGACAUAAUUGUAUCAGAAGCUCCUAGAAUACCCUAUGAAAUGCGUGAGAUUUCUCUGGAAGCUGUUGUUCACCUAUGGCGAAUCCCUGGACUUGUUACUGAACUCUUUCUUAACUAUGACUGUGAUCUCUACUGCUCAAACUUAUUUGAGGACCUUACCAAACUUCUUUCAAAAAAUGCAUUCCCAGUGUCGGGUAUUUUUACCACUCAUUUAUUGUCACUGGAUGCCCUUCUCACUGUUGUUGACACAAUCGAACAACACUGUCACAGCCGAAUCCUCUCCUCCACCAAAGCUGCAGCAGCAGCAGCGGCUUCAGCGGCAGCAGCAACCAAUGGUGAGUCAGUUGAUGCCGGACAACAAUCUACUUCAAAUACGAAUGAGAAUGUACCAGAAACCAAUAAUUCAAAUUCAAGUGUUAAGCCAUUGACGCCUCCUGAAGUUGUAGACUUACCUCUCACUUCUGGUUAUGAUGUCGGACAAAAGAUAAUAUCUAAAGAAAUGACUACAACAGAACAUACCUGGCCUCAAAAACCAGCCAAAGAAAUUCAAAAGGGACCCCAGAUCCGACCAAACAGAAUGAAAAUUACUGAAAAGGUACCUACAUCUGAGGAGCUAGCUGCACUGAAACAUAAAAAGAAGAUGUAUCAGAGUGGAACUGAACAAUUUAAUGUAAAACCUGUGAAAGGUAUACAUUUCCUACAGGAACAGGGCCUCCUUUCCACCCCUUUAGAUCCAGGUGAAGUGGUCACAUUUUUAAGAGAGAAUCCUAAAUUGGAUAAGAGACAAAUUGGAGAAUACAUCAGUAACAAGAAAAAUGCGAAGAUAUUUGAAGCUUUUGUCAAAUCCUUCAAUUUCAAUGACACACGAUUGGAUGAAGCUUUGCGUCUCUACUUAGAAACAUUCCGUUUACCUGGGGAGGCUCCUGUAAUAUCCUACAUCAUUGAAAUGUUUGCUGAACAUUGGCAUAAAACCAACGGGGAACCUUUUGCUGAUUCUGAUGCUGCAUUUACACUGGCAUAUGCUGUGAUUAUGUUAAAUGUGGACCAGCACAACCACAAUGUUAAGAAACAGAGUACACCUAUGACUGUUGAUGAAUACAAGAGAAAUGUCUCAAAAACCAAUGGUGGUAAUGAUUUUGAUGAGGAUAUGUUGGAAGAUAUUUAUAAUGCUAUUCGGAAUGAAGAAAUAGUGAUGCCUGCAGAACACACUGGAUUGGUGAAGGAAAAUUAUUUGUGGAAAGUUCUACUCAAAAGGGGAAGUGGCAAGGAAGGGUCAUUUAUACAUGCUCCCACAGGUUCUUUUGACCAUGAGUUAUUCACUCUAGCUUGGGGGCCAACAGUUGCUGCUCUUUCAUUUAUCUUUGACAAAAGUUCAGAUGAAGGCAUCAUACAGAAAGCAAUCUCAGGUUUCAGGAAGUGUGCAAUGAUCUCUGCUCAUUAUGGUAUGAGUGAUGUAUUUGACAAUCUCGUUAUCUCACUCUGUAAAUUUACAACAUUACUUAGUUCUGCUGAUGCACCUGAAAACAUUUCAGUCUCUUUUGGUGGUAAUUCCAAGGCUCAGCUUGCUGCAAGAACUGUUUUUGGACUUGCUCAUCGGCAUGGUGAUAUUUUAAGAGAAGGCUGGAAGAAUAUUCUUGACUGCUUGUUACAGCUCUAUCGAGCAAAACUUGUCCCCAAAAGCCUCAUAGAGGUGGAAGAUUUUGCCGAUGAUAAAGGAAAGAUCUGUAUUAUGAAAGAAGAGACUACUUCUACAAGCAGACCAGAAACUGGAAUGCUUAGUUCCUUCUAUGGAUUUUUUGCAUUAUCAGAAUCUGCUAACACUAAAGGUCCAACACCAGAAGAACAAGAAGCCACUGAACAGGCUCGCAAUUGCAUUCAUGAUUGUCACCUUGAACAGCUGAUUAUGGACAGCAAGUUUCUACGGGAAGAAGCUCUGCAAGAGCUGGUUAAGACACUGCUCAUUGGUUCCCAGGUGCCAGAUUCUGACGAAGCCCUCUGCAUGCAAGGAGAUGAGGAUUCUGCUGUGUUUUUCCUUGAGCUUCUUAUAAAAGUAGUCUUGCAAAACAGGGAUAGAGUGACAAUAAUCUGGCAAGCUGUUCGAGAUCACCUCUACAACCUUAUUGAUGCUACUGAUCAUACAUUCCUAGUAGAAAGAGCUGUUGUUGGUCUUCUUCGAAUUGCCAUACGCCUGCUCAGGAGAGAAGAGAUAGCUUCCCAGGUCCUUGCUUCACUACGUAUCUUGCUAAUGAUGAAACCAGCUGUGAUCCAUUCCAUCUGCCAGCAAGUGGCAUACGGUCUUCAUGAUCUUUUGCGCACUAAUGCUGCCAACAUUCAUUCAACGCAAGAUUGGUACACUUUGUUCACAGUUCUUGAAGUAGUUGGAGCAGGCGCUAAACCACCAAACUUUAUGCAGUUAUGUACCUCUAAUGCUACAAAUGAUGCUGCAACAGACUCUGGAGCUCAAAGUGACAGUGAAGUUCAAAGUGUGAACAUUCCAUCUGAAUCAGGCGAGAGAGGCUACACAUCUGAUAGCGAGUUAUAUGACACUCAGUCAAAACACCAUCGAACCUGUCAUACAGAAUUAGAAGUUAAACCUGCCCCAGACAAUGUCAGUUGGCUCAUGGUGGAGAAAGAAGUUGUAAGCACUGGUUCUACAAAUUCUUUGACUUCCCCCACCACCCACCGUCCUCCACGUAACCAAUACUCUAUUGAUCUCAACGAAGAUAUUUUUUACUGUGAUUCUAAAGCUUUACUCCGGUCGUCAGAAACGUUGGCUUUUCUGGUACGAGAUGCAGUACAUGUAACACCACACAACUUUGAAAGCUGUAUUCAUGCCAUCCGUGCAUUUGUUGAAGCUAGUAUCAAUGGAGGACAACAAAAAAAUAUUUGUAAAACUACUCAAACUCCCCGUGAUAAGAAACAUCAUUCUAAAUCAAACCGGCCAAAGAAAGAACAAUACAGAACAAAAAGAUCCUACUCUAAUGCCAGCCAGCAGAAUCAGACGCAAAUUUCUGAUGAUGAAAACGACAAUGAAACAUUGGCUGCUGGCUUACACUCUCUCUCCAUUCAGUUGCUGGACUUGAUGCACACUUUGCACACAAGGGCUGCAUCUAUCUUCAGUUAUUGGGCAGAGGAAGGCAAUUCUAGUGGAGAAGUCAGUGAUGCCGCUAUUGAUGCUGGUACAAGUACUCUGUGGGCAAAGUGUUGGUGCCCUCUUUUACAAGGAAUUGCUCGGCUGUGUUGUGAUUCUCGUAGACAAGUUCGAAGUCAAGCCCUCACCUACCUUCAAAGAGCUUUACUUGUCCAUGAUCUUCAGACUCUUUCUGCUAGUGAGUGGGAAGCUUGCUUUAAUAAGGUUCUCUUUCCACUUCUCACCAAACUGCUAAGUAAUAUAAAUAGCCAGGAUCCUUCUGGAAUGGAAGAGACCCGUGUCAGAGCAUCAACGUUAAUCUGUAAGGUAUUCCUACAGCAUCUGUCUCCUCUCUUAUCAUUGAGUACCUUUACAGCACUAUGGCUAACUAUAUUAGAUUUCAUGGAUAAAUACAUGCACAAAGGCAGUGAUCUCUUGUCAGAUGCAAUACGAGAAUCCUUAAAAAAUAUGUUAUUAGUUAUGGACACAGCUGGAAUUUUCCACACUGAUACAACAGACUCACAACUCUGGAAAUUGACAUGGGACCGUAUUGACACGUUCUUACCAGAACUGCAAGAGGAAUUAUUUAAAACUCAGGAACCUGUGUGUGUUCCAGAACCAAGAAACAUUGAUCGUAAUAAUGCUAGCCUUGAAAAAGUGGUAGUAAUGGUAGCUAACGAAGACAUCCAACCAGAACCUCAAAUAACAUUGCCAGUCACGAAUAACAAUGGUACAGCAAAAGUGCCUGAUUCUCCAAGUUCUCAAAACUCAGAUGUUCAAACGCCAAGUCCAGACAGUGGAAUUGGCAAAUCUCCUCGUUCAGAAAGUCCAUUGGUUGGAGGGAACAGUGCCACCAUGACAUCCGCUUACAUUCUUCAGCCACCCUUGCCUAAAGUUGCCUCUCGCAGUAGCAUGGCAGACAACGUGUCAGUAAACAGUUCACCAGUUGCACCACGCCCUAAUAUUACAGACUCAGCGACUGUAAACAGCUCCUCUUCCACUUCUGGUUCCAUAGCUUCUACUGCAAGCACCGUUCCGUUACUUCUGAACCCAGAUAUCAUGCAAGGGACUACUAUUCCUUUUAUUUCUCCUCAGAUGGAAAGACAUGAAAGCCAGUGAUCAAUCAACUGACCGGUCACUUCGACUCUCUACUGGUGCCUACUUGCAGUUUGAAGCUGAUUUUCUCCCCCCACUCUUUAUGUUGACCAUCAUGAUUUCUUCAGACUGGAAUCAAAAAUCAGUUUAAGAUAAUGGUCUAAGUAAAAAAUUUGGUUUAUCAGGGUCAAAGUUAUGUGACUGAAUACCUUCCAUUGGUGCCAACUUCUCUUGCUACCCACUGACCAACAUAUUUAUUUUAAUAGCCUUAUUUUCUUCUCUGUACAUAAUAUACUUCUUAAAAGUAACUUGGAGGAGAACUUCAAGAUACAGUCACUCCCUCUAAUGAGAUUUUUCUCGGUGACUAGAUUCUGUGAAUCACAGAAACUGGAAAUGGAAUGCCUAAUUCUAUUUUUAAAAAGAAUCUGAAUAACCCAUGAAAAUAUAAUUAUAUAACAUCAUUCCUUAAUGUAAUGUAAAAUUUGAUAGUGAUUUAUUGCUUAUUACAAAUUAGUAAUCUAUUAUGUUUGAAAAAAAAAAAUUUUUUUUUUCAACAUUUACAACCUUUUAAGUGCAGCCCCCUCCUCUCUUUUGCUGCUAUCAUAAGAUUUAUUUUCAAACAACCAUCCAUAACAUCAUUAACACUGAUUGGACUUUCUGCAUAGUUUACAGCAAAAAACACACACAAAAAAAGAGUAUUGGACUUUCUAAGUACUGGAUAAAGGAUUUGUCUGAAAAAUGUCUUAGAUGAAUGUUUAAAUCUUAAUGGACUGUGCCAAUAUUGCCUAUUCAGAUUUUACAUUGAAAUUAAUUCUAAAUUCCACUUGCUGCAAUUGAAAAUAAUGAUUGUAGCCUAGAAUUUACCACCUUCACCUCUGUCCCCUUCCCUUAUUUACUUUGCUGUUAAACUAAAUUCAUGUAAAUACCUAUCACUGUUGAAGGUAUUUGCUUUAUACUUAUUUCUUUUAACCCCUACAAAAUUCUAUUCUUGUGAAGGUUUUAAGAAUAGAGUUUUGAUGUUAUUCAAUAAAAUGCUACAUUUUAUUUAUA